AUGGAUUUCGUCCAAUCGUGGUUAGGGGAAAAUGGAUUUUCUGAGUAUUCUUCUGUCUUUCAGGGUAAGUUGAUCUUUAUUCACCGUUAAUACCGUCUUUUAAUCUUUAACUAUGCUGGUCCAAUAUUAAUUCAACUGUUGCGUCGCCUUUCAUUGAUCGACAAAGUUGUAUUAUAUCUGAAACAAAUCACACAAAUCUUAAUGUUUGUUUGUUGAUUACCAAUUGUAGAGAACCAAAUAGAUAAAGAGGCCUUGAUUGAGCUUACCGAGAGAGCACUGGAGCUUUUGGUGCCGGUUAUCGGCCAUCGCAUGAAAGUGCUUUCCAAAUUGAAAAAGCUUCAAGAGGAAUCGAAGAGAGGCAUCAAUGAAGUACCAUCCGACUGCCAACCUGAUGGCGUAGUUUGCUCACCAGUAAGCAAGAAAGAUCCAAGAACUAAUAAAUUCUCUACCCCAGCCACUCAAAGCAAGAUAAGGUAUUGUUUAUACAAAUUUAUAUAUUUUUCACCGUUAGAAGUGUUGUUAAUAAUAUAUACAAUAUUUACACUCCUCCCAUGCCUAUGGAGAAAAUGUAUGCUGUCCAGAGAGGGCAGGGGUAGUUCACUUGAAUAUUUAAAUAUAUACUAGACAUCUGAACGGAAAAGGGAUCUACUGUAUAGCUCUAUGUUUUCUGAAAUGACCCUUUGUUAUUUUAUUCUGUUCAAUACCAGACCAUUUUCUCAUCAAGGGGAAUGUAGUAAGCCUUAUUAAUUAAUAUGGAUUGACCAGAGUAGAUAAGUAUAGGUUAUUUUGAGGCAACGAGGGGAUAUGUGAUUUAUUCACCGAGGCGCGCAGCGCCGAGGUGAUUAAACAUAUAUCCCCGAGGUGCCUCAAACUAACAUACUUAUUUUUCACACUGCGAGGUCGCGUUAAUGAGUCAGAAAAGAAAUAAUUCUUAAUGCCAUAUUGCCUUUGCGAUGCUGUUUUUUCUCGUUUUUUUUUUGUGCUGCAAAGACAUUGCAGGUGAAUAUUAGAGGGGAUUAUUAAUUGCAGGUGAAUAUUAGAGGGGAUUAUUAAACGGAAAUUGAUUAGAGGGGAAUAUUGAAUAUAUUCCCCGACAAGAACAAAGGAAACCGAGCAGGGUGAAAAAUAAUUUGUCAUACUUCACUAUUUUAAAGAUAAUUGAUAGAUGAUGUUACUUGCCAAUGAAAAGCUUUUGCCUCAUUGGGUUGUCUAGGAUUUAGGUCCUGUUUACAUGAGACCGGGACAAAGUCAAACCGGAAUGAAAAUUGAAAUUGUCUACAUGAGAUCAGUAUGAAAAUCACAACAUUUUCAAUUUAUUCCCCUUGCCAGGCAAUUUUUCUUUUUAGAUGGCUUUUGUUAGCAUGUGUUGUUCCAACAUUUGUCAAGGUUAUAGCCGAGACCAGUCUGAAAUAUAUUUGUGUUUACAUUCAUCCCAGUCUGAAUUCAUGUCGGUCUGAAGUCAGUCGGCUUGGUCCAGCAGGCGGAAUGACUUGAGACCGGAGUUAUUUUUGUCCCGGUCUCAUGUAAACAUCUAUUAUAAAUAAUACUGACUGUUUUUUAAAUUUCAAUUCUCAAAAUACCUUAACUCAUUGAGUCGCAUUGCACCCUGAUGUGCCCUAAGUACUUUAUUAUUUUACACUGUCUUAUGCCAAACUAUUUUACUCUAACACCAGAUAAUUUUACUUGUCAAGGGGUGAGUGCCAGUUGGCGCUUAAUAGGCCUAUCUGCCCAUGUGUCUAGUUAACCCAUUGAGUCGCAUUGUGCCCUAGUGCGCCCUACUUUAUUAUUUUACUCUCACUGUCUAAUGCCAGACGAUUUUACUUGUCAAGGGGAGAGCACUGGUGCUUAAUGGGUUAACAGGCCUAUCUGCUCAUGUGUCUAGUUAGGGACUGGUCAUAAAGUAACUGCUAGGGUGGGCUGGAGGUAAAUCACAAAUUUUGCCAAUAAGUUUGGUGACCCAUCUUAGGUAUAGAUAAAAAUUUCAACGCCCAUCUAAUCUUAUAAAAAAAAUUUCAUGACCCACCCAAUCUAAAUUGGGAAAAUACACUUUUAUAAUAAAAAAAACUUGCAGGUAUGAACAUUGUAAAUAUACACAGCACUGUAUUGACAUACAUAAUUCCACCAAGCUUGACCAAGUCACGUUGAUACUGAGCUGCUCUCCAGUUGGUUGUAUUUGCUGUGAUUCGACCACUUCUUCUUGUUGUAUAAACAAAGUACUGGAUUCAAUAGUAUCAUUUGCAUUUAAUAAUUUGGAUAGUUUUGUUUACUUUUAUUAUUAAUAUCUUUAUUUUUUGAAGUAGACAUGCAUGAUUGGGUUUUUGUUUGGUGGCCCAACUGUGGACAUACAAAAAAUUGGCGGCCCAUCGAAACUGCCCAAAGAUUUUCCAUGGCCCAUCCCAAAUCACUCCAGUCCACCCUUAAGCAGUUACUUUAUGACCGGUGCCUUAAUCCAUUGACUCAGAGUCAAGUUUAUUAUAAUUUUACUUUGUCUAAUGCCAGACAAUAUUACUUGUCAAGGGGAGAACACUUGUGCUUAAUGGAUUAACUGUAAAUUCAAAGAAUUUUGAUGUGGUUUAAACCUAUUAUAAUCCCUACUCCCCCUCCUAUGUUCCUGCUUUGGUAGAUGGGAAACAUGCACUACCUGCAGGUGCAUCCCAUUACUUUUCCCCUGAAAGUUCACAACUUUUAAUAGAUUGAAAAGUCAUUGACAGUGAUAAACACUGUUACGAGAAACCAUUAUUGCAUAUAAUAUGUAUUGAUAUUUUUGUUCCUAGGAAAUCAAUAACUUUUAGCCCAAGUCCGGACAAGGUGGUGCUAAAUGCAAGGCAACCAUGGCCUUCUAGAGUUGAGCUGCCUACAAAUUUAAGACCUGACCUUGCUAACGUGUUGGCUUCAAAGGAUUGUUCAAAAUUGACCCGGAAACUGAGGAAUUCUUUUAUUGCCCAUCUAUACGAGCACUUUUCACAAUAUACACUGUAAGUAGAUUUAGGACAUUUAUGUACCAUUAGUUAUCUUAGUUGGUGUAACAAGACGAUCACUGACCAAAAUCACCUGACCGCGCUUCAUCCAUAUUUACUGUUACUGUAUGUUCUUAUUUUUCUGGCAUAUAUCGUUGUAGGUACCCUACUAGAUUCCAGCUACUAGAAAUUGUUCACUUGGUGGUAAAGCAUUAUCCUUUCUUAAAAGACAAAUCUGUUGGAUCUGGCCAUGUAAGUAAAUUUUGUGCUAAAAAUAGAAUUCUUGACUGAGAGAUUUGGAUGUAAAAAAGCCAUAUAACUUUGCCUGUGAGAAGUAAAAUUUUAUAUUCAGUGGCAGAUGCUUUGUGAAAUUUGAGGGGCUGGGGUAAUUUAGGUUGCACACAUAUCACCUUUUGUUGCUGGAAUUCUUUGUCAUUUGAACUUCUUUUUCAACUCAAGUUCCAUGCAAUAUAUAUAGCUUAAUUUAUACCAAACUAAUGCUUUCAUGGUCAAAUAAUUAUUGUCACGUAACACAGUUAUUCGGCCAUCAUUCAAUGGCUUUUUGGUGUUGGUGAAAAUCCUUAACCAGUCUAUAUCUCUUGUUAAACUUGAAUAAUUAUACAUAUUUUUAAAGGAUUCUUCGCUUGCCCAACUCUAUGAAAAAUUUCAUAAUGAACGAAGAAACAAGAGUGAUGAUGUUGUUAUCAUGCACAAGAGGAAAGAGAAAACAGCCACUUCCAGUCCCAACGCCAACUUAAGAAGAGGUGCCAUCAACUACGCACCUCCAUUCCCAGAAGCAGAGGAUGAAACAUCUUUGAAGAAGCACAUCGAGUACAUGCAGAACGAAUGGUCCAAAGCCAAUCCCGACCGGGAAAAGUUGAGAAAGUGGAUGAUUUUGACAUUCCCUGGGAGAAGGAGAAUGAUGAAUGCCCAGCUACCACUUGUGGACAUUAAGUCUGAGUUUCCAGCACUCUUUUGCCAUGAAGAAGUAAGUUGUGCUUUUUUGAUUAUUGCAUGUACAUGCAGGUCCCAUGCGAUCUGUAUGGCACAACCUAUUAUAGAGGUUCAGAUUUGACUUAAUCCAUUACCACUACCAUUAAGGGACCAUGCAUCAACCAAUCAGACACAUUUGAUAUAUUAGAUUAACCAAUCAGAUGCAUACUAAGCCAGUUGGAGGUAGCGGCAGUGGAAUUCAAAUCUGAAUCUCUAUAUUAUUAUGCAAGUCACUAUUUAGCAUGCAUGCUUUAAAUGCAGGGUUUCAAAAGUUUAUUCAAGGUAAUAGCCUGCGUGACAGGCCCUCAAUUUUAUGAAGGACCUGAUUUGCAGCAGGUGCCUGCCAAACUCAGGCCCCCCAUAAAAUUGAGGGCCUGCCGCGCAGGCUAAUUGAAGGUUUGCAUGGUGAUUAUUAAAUAUUUGUAAUUAUAUUUACUAAAUGUUUUGCUUUGAUAUGUGCAUGACCAUGUAUAUAUCAAUUAAAAGAAAUAUUUUUAGCAAUAGACCAUUUCUGAAUUCUCAUAAACAAUAACACCCAGUCAAUGCUUACAUGCUAAUUUGCUCUGGCAACAUUACAAUUUAGCACCAAGCCUCAACUUCGUGUUAUUGUUCUUGACAAUUAGAGCGUAAUUUGGAAAUGGUCUGUAUUUACUUUUGAAAGGCUGCAGUUUUGAAAAUUGUUCCAUUAUUUUAGAUUAUUGCAGAAUUCGAAAGAUUAUUGGCUGUAUGCACAAGCACAGAGGAGACAUUUAAACAAAACUUUCUCCAAGUUUGUGAUGCAAUAUUGGGUAUGGCAGCCAAGGUCAGGGGAAGAAAGCCUAUUGUUGACAAAUUCUUGAAGUUGUUGGACAAUGAUAUUGAUCCUUUGGAUGAUAUGGAGACUGAUAACACUGAAGGUAAAUUAUAUGCUAUGAAACCAUGAUUGUUUAACCCUUUAAGUGGCAAUGCACCCAGAUGCACCCUACUUUGUUAUUUUACUCUGUCUAAUGCCAUAUGAUUUUACUCGUCAGGGUAGAGAGGGCCACCACUCAAUGGGUUAAAUUAACUCAUGAAUGCAUACACCGAUUGCUAAAAAACAUUUUGCCACCUGUCUCUCACAGGCUCAGCACAUGCAUGUCAUUGGGUAGUCAGGUAGAUUAAACACAUCUGGGACCGGUUGUUCAAAGCUGGGUUAGUGCUAACGCCGGGUUAAAAUUUAACCCGCUGUUUUAGAUUGGGUACAUUUGCACUUCUGUUUAAUUCAAAACGUUGGAAAAUAAAAUGUCUGUUGAUUCAGACUUGAAUUUUAGAAAAUUAUCCUCAUGUUUCUAAUUAAACAAGCUGUUGGGAAGAUUGCUUUGAAAUUUGCAUUAACCUACGAUUAAGCUAACCAGCUUUUGAACAACUGGCUCCUGAUUGGUACAUCAGGUAACAAUAGGGGUAGUGGAUGUCAAACUUGAACAUCUUUAAUAUCUAUAUUACUCUGUUUAACGAUAACCUUAUUUCAUAAUUUAGAAGAGAAAGCAGUGGUUGCAAUGUCUGUCCUUCCUGCUUUGCUAGACAAGAGAGGGAAGAAUCAAGAUUAUAAUCUUGUUCACAUUAUUGAGGUAAGAUCUGUUGAACACAAUAUCUACUGUAUUUUAACCUGACAACUAAGUAAGGAAUUGAAAAUUGGUCGGUCAUUCAUGGUGCAUGUACAUGCAUGGUGCAAACUGCAUAAUUAUGGAUAUUGUAUCAGGCUUUAUUUUACAAAUAGAGUCGGACACAAACCUUAAUCCCAUCUCUCUAUACCCAUAUAUUCUACACCCCUCCUCCAUAUAUUCUGUCAAUUUCGCAAAACUGAACAACAACAAUCUAAUUAUAUAGUUAAAACUGCUAAUAAUAGUAUAAUCUAAUUAGUGCUAACCAAUCAAAAGAGAGAUUCAAAUUUUUUAGUCUGAUAGACCAAUCAGGUGAAGAGCAGGAUUUUGGCUUUUUUACAUGCAGCCGGACAGGGAUGUGUGCAUACACUUGCAUUUUAGGAAGGGAAACAGGACCUGAUACGAGUUCGGGCUAGCAUAUAGCCAUCUCGUUGAUUGUUAUUACAAUUAUAACAAAUAUUUUUUUUAUUUUAACAAUAAUAGGAUGAUGAUGAUGUCCUUCAAUAUAUUGAAGAAUUGGCACCAGAGCCUACAAUAAUUAUCAAAGGAUCACUGGAAGCUCCAAGUGAGGUCAUGGUUGCUGCAGAAAAGCAAGUGGUUUGCCAAAUUAUGGACAGAAAUGUUUUAAAUGCGUAUGUGUGUUUCAUGGCAAUUUGUUAUGUUUUCAUGUUUAAUUAUCCGCCAUCCAUUAAGAAUUUUUGUUUGUAUCUGCAAAAAUGUGUGUUGCAGAUUAGAGAUGGUAAGAAAUUGCCAACAGGUAUAAUUUCAUUUAUAAAUGACAUUGAAUGUUUAGUUUCUAAAAGUAGUUUGUAGAUGAAAAUUGUGUAAGGAUUUUGUCUGUUGCAUGAAUGUGUAUAUAACUUACUGUAUAUUUGUAAAUGUUUUAUUUGUAUUAUAGGUAAUAAAUUAUUUUCAUGGAAACUGUUUCUUGUUCUCCGUACAUCACCGUUAUUUACAUAUUAUGUGUAACAUGUAUACGAAUUUACAUAUUAUGUGUAACGUGUACACGCGAUUUCUGUACACAUUACACAUGUGUAAAUCUACCGAUAUUUGUGUGCAACAUUUACACAAUCAAUGUGUAAAGUGAAAUUUUACACAAAAUUAUGUGUUGCUGUGGAUGCAUUUCAUUUGUGUAAAUUUACCGAUAUUUUUGUGUAAUGUUUACACAAACAAUGUGUAAAUUUACCGAUAUUUUUUAGUAAAUGUACACAUAUUAAUGUGUUGCUGUGGAUGCAAAUUUUACACACGUUUUUGUGUAAAAUUUACACAUAAUUUUUUGCAGUGUAUGUAUGUAUAUAUAUAUAUGUAUAUGUAUAGCUUAAGAUUUUGGUUUACGAAACACAAACAGUGCUCAAUACCAUAUAGAUAGAGCGUAAUAUAGUUUUUCGUUUUACCUCAAAAAACCACAGUCUGUUUCAUGCAUGUAUGCAUGUAUGCAUCAGGGACGGGGGGGCUGGGGGGGCUUUGGCCCCCCCACUUUUUUUGACAGCCAAAAUUAUUAAAAUAGAAAUCUAAAUGAAACUUUCUAAAUUAAUUAAACCUUUUCUAGGCAUUUUUAACUUUCGCAUCUAAUUAAAAUGAAUAAAGGCUAAGCACCCCAUUAUGUGUACCUUACAUGAAGUUCCCUUCAACACAGCCACGUGCUCCGAAACGAAAUUAUUAUUUAUAUUCAUAUGGUUUUUGCAAAGUUUCCGCAAUGGAGUUGAAACUGCCUUUAUUUUUACUUUUUCUUGUGGGAAUAUCUAAUGCAAACUUAGUGAUUUCUAGUGUGACAUCCAGUUUUGAAACAUCAGAAAGUGCGUGCUUCAUGAGUUCAGUUGAAAGUGAUUGUUUAUUUGUUUACCGCCGUAUUAAAUAUAGCUGUGGACAUCCUGGAUCAUUCAACCCCGCUGUCAUAACGAACAAAGAAGCUCAUAUGGUCUAUGGCAACAUGAAUAAUGCAGCUGGAACUUCGCAAACGUCUAGCUUCGGAAAAAAGAAAACGACGAAAAUUUCAGACUAUUUUUUCAAGAAUGAACAAGCAUCUGUUUCGGAAACAGGUGAGUUUAUGAUAUAUUUGUGGUUUGCUCACUCUCGCUUCAUAAACGUCGUUUACGAGCGUGUUUUAAUUUUAGUUGUUUGUCAGUGUUCUGAGUAAUGAGCUGCUUGCCUUAUACGAUAGUUGUCCGAUUAAUUCAAGGUUGCUUUUUCUUUCAAAACAUUUUAGUCCCUCCACCUGUAACAACGUUGGGCCGAAUCACUGCGACGACGAAUGAAAUGACAGUUACAACGUCGAUGAUUGAGGAAUUGCCUUGCGCUUCCGAACAACCGCAGAUACAGGUAGAGCAUAAUCAUCCUGCAACUCAAGCUGAACAAGUUAAUGUGAACAUGACACAACAAAAACCAUUCCAACCAAUAAAUUUCAACUUUCCGAGGAAAAGAUAUGGCAAACAGACCCGCUCAUUUCAGUCAAAGUGGUUUACAGAGUUUCCGUGGCUUCACUACAACGAACAAAACGAUUCUGCGUUGUGUUUUAUUUGUGCACAACAACAUGAAAAAUUGAAUCUUCGCACGGCAAGAAACAAAGAGUAUGCCUUUAUUUCAGACGGCUUCUCUAACUGGAAAAAGGCUUUGACACGGUUUAAGGAACAUCAAAUCUCUGAAUGUCAUAAGACAGCCGUUGAGUACCAUUUAAUUCCGAAAACAUGUGGAAACGUACUUGAAAUGUCAAGCCAUGAUGCAAAAAAGACAAUGCAAACAAACCGUCUGUGUUUAAUUAAAAUCAUAGGAAGCUUGCGGUACCUUGCUCGACAAGGGCAACCCAUACAGGGCGACACAGAUGACGAAUCGAACUUCAUUCAACUUCUUAAAUUGAGGGGAAGUGACGAACCUCUCAUUUUAAGGUGGUUGGAGAGGAAAGGCGCGAAAUAUACAUCACAUGACAUUCAAAAUGAAAUAAUAGCGAUCAUGGCAAAUCACGUUAUCCGUGAUAUUGUGUCUGACAUUGGAAACGGAUUUUUCUCUAUCAUUAGUGAUGAAUACACAGAUGUAAGUAACAAGGAACAACUCACAAUAUGCAUUUGA